GAAGAGGUGGUGGGGGGCACUGAACUCCCUUGGCCUGUGGAGGCCCCCCUGCUGUCCCACUCCCCACCCCCAUGUGCAUCCAUGGACUGGGCGUUUUUCCUCUGAAGUGUUUCUCAGGCACAUUUAAACAGGAAUAAAGGGGAAGAAAAAUUUAAAGCAGUCUGAAUAGCAGUCACUUAUGUGACACCCACUCAUUGAAUACUGCAUGUAGUUCUGGUCACCUCAGAAGAGAUUAAAAAGACUGCUCGUUUUAGGACAGAGACGACUAAGAACAUUAGAAAUCCAUAAUAGGGCCACUCCUUGAAUCCUGCCCCAUCUCAAAAAGGAGAGAGGUGACUAAGAACAGAAGAACAUCCACACUGGGUCUGACCAAUGGUCCCUCCAGCCCAGUGCCCUGUCUCUGAUAGUGGCCAGCGCCAAAUGCUUCAGAGGGGAUGAGCAAUACAGGGAUGGAGGGCUCUGAGGAUCUAGAUAGCAGCCUCCUGACACAGCCUUGGGCUUCAGUUUGCUUUGGUGAAUCCACUUUUAUUGCCAAGGCUUGUUUCAGAGAAACCGGCUACGUCUUGCUGAUCUCUGACCUCAGCAGUGUGUGGUACGAGCGUGCAGACACAGAUGUCAUUGGGAAAAGAUCCAAGGAGCUGAACAAGCGGCUGACAGCCCAUGUGUCGUCUUUCCUGAAUCGCUUGAGCAACCUGAUGUGCCCUUUGCUGGAAGGAAGGGAGAGUGACGCCAACUCCUUCUCCUGCCAACAGACCCCCAGCAAACUCACCAUCCAUGUGAAAAGUGAGCUCUCCGGGCUACCCUUCUACUGGGAUUUCCACUGCCCUGCGGCUGCUGUGGAGAUGAUUUCCCGUCAUCUUGUGCGGCCCCUCAUCAGGAUGAGCCUGGCAUUGCAGUACCAGCUACAAGAGCUGGCAUCUCUCCUGGUGCAGAAGGAUGUUGAGAUUGAAGACUACAGGGAGAGCGGGGCUGCUCUCAGCAGAGGACGCCUGAGGACCGAGCCCUUCCAGGAGAAGUCAUUUCUGCAGAAGUUUGUGGAUGAGAGUCUGCCCCAGCUGUGCGGUGCAGGGGACGGCCAGGCAUUCACAAGCACCCUGCAGCGUCUCUACAUGGCCGUGGCCAGGCAGGAGGCGAGGGCAGCGCAGAAGCGGCACCACUCAGGGGAUGCCGAGACCCCAGAGCUCACCUCGUCUCCGCAGCUGGACUCAUUGGUCACGCUGGGCUCUCAGCAGGAAAAGGUUGAGCCACCCUCUGACUUGCCCCAGAGCCUGGGAGCCGCAGCGACUCCCUCCUCUCCGGCCCAGAGAGCCCGGCUGCCCGUGUCCAAGGCCAAGAGCAAGAAGGCAAAGGGGCUGUUUGGCUGACGCACCGCUGUCCGUCCCCCUUGCCGUGGGGAGGGGUCUGGCCCCAGGCAUUCAUUGCUCACCGCGGCAGCUCCAGGACACCAGCACAGAACCUUGAAUCCCUGACGCAGCAUCUAGAAGGGCCAAUCAGGGCUCCCGCUCCAGACAGUGAGUGGGGCCCUCUCCCCCCAUGGCAGAUCCUGCUGAAGGAGGUUCGUUCGGCCCCUUCUCACUUCACCUGUGGGCACUAGAUGCUGGGAAGUCUCUGGUGCUUCCCAUGGCCAGGCCUCUCCACUGGCAGAGCCAGUGUGGCACGCGUCUCCUCUCCCCACACUGGCCUGGCUUUCCUGCCCAGCCCUUACCCUGCCCCCCGGCUGUGGGACUGCCCCUCUCUGUGCUCCGCAGGCCUGAGAACGUGGAUGAGGGGGGCAGGUUCCUGUUUUUUCGACGGGUGGCUCCACACUUGCUUUUUUGCAAUAAAGGCCCCUCUCUGCCCGAG